CGCCACAAGGGCAGGAUGAGAGCAGGUGUGCCAGAACCUCGACAACAAGCAGCCAGAGCUGAGGGUGUGGACACUGUCAGUGUGCGUUCAAAUGACAGAGACAGCCACACGCACACACACCUGAGCACAGGGAGAACGACAACCUGCUCCAUCCUCCUGUCAACUGUCAGAAAUCAUGUCCGGCAUCGCUGCAAAGCUUCAGCACAACCGGGAGAAAGCGCAAGGGAUCGGAGCCAACGACCAUGCGGUGAAAUACCUGAACCAGGACUUCGAGUCUCUGCGGAGCGGCUGCCUGGAGAGAGGGCGGCUGUUCGAGGACGACUGCUUCGAGGCGCUGCCUUCAUCGUUGGGCUUCAAUGAGCUGGGGCCGAACUCUCAUAAAGUGCGAGGCAUCAAGUGGAUGAGACCCACGGAGUUGUGUUCUAAUCCAAAAUUCAUCGUAGAAAAUGCUACCAGGACUGACAUUUGUCAAGGAGCCCUUGGUGACUGCUGGCUCCUCGCAGCCAUUGCUUCCUUGACUCUUAAUAAGCAGGUUUUGUCUCGGGUCGUCCCCCACGACCAGAGCUAUGACAGGAACUACGCUGGAAUCUUUCACUUUGAGUUCUGGCAGUUUGGUGAGUGGGUGGAUGUGGUGGUCGAUGACCGUUUGCCUACCAAAGAUGGAAAGCUGCUGUUCGUCCACUCAGAGGACAACACAGAGUUCUGGAGUGCACUGCUGGAGAAGGCUUAUGCCAAGCUGAAUGGAUGCUACGAGGCUCUCUCCGGUGGCAGCACCAUUGAAGGAUUUGAGGACUUCACUGGAGGCAUCGCUGAGAGUCAUGACCUGCGAAGGGCAGACCCUCAUCUCUUUCACAUCAUUGACAAGGCUCUGCAGAGAGGCUCUCUUCUGGGAUGCUCCAUCGACAUCACCAAUGCACGUGACUCAGAGGCCAUCACAGACAGUAAUCUGGUGAAGGGCCAUGCAUAUUCCAUCACAGGAGUGGAGCAGGUGGAGUACAGAGGAGACACGGAGAGGUUGAUCAGAAUCAGAAACCCAUGGGGACAGGUGGAGUGGAACGGAGCCUGGAGUGACAGUUCUUAUCAGUGGAGAUACGUCAGUGAUGAUGACCGAGAGAGGCUGACCAAACGGGAUGAUGGCGAAUUUUGGAUGUCAUUUUCUGACUUCCUGGACAAUUAUUCCCGCAUCGAGAUCUGCAACCUCACCCCCGAUGCCCUCACUGGUCAGGAGUACAAGAAAUGGUCAGAGACGGAGUUUGAGGAAUCCUGGAGAAGUGGCGUUUCAGCUGGUGGCUGCAGAAACUAUCCACGUUCCUUCUGGCAAAAUCCUCAGUUUGUCAUAAAGUUGGAUGAAGUGGACGAUGACCCCGAUGACGGCGAGGAGGAGGGCUGCACCGUCAUAGUGGGCUUGAUGCAGAAGAACAAGCGUCGCAUGAGAAAAAUGGGCGAGGACAUGGAGACAAUUGGUUUCGCCAUCUAUGAGCUUCCGGAGGAGUACUACGGUAAAAGGCAGGUGCACCUGAAAGAACAGUUCUUCCUCAGGAACUUCUCAGCAGCUCGCUCUGAGACCUUCAUCAACCUGCGGGAGGUGUCCAACCGCUUCUGCCUCCCCCCGGGGGAAUACCUCAUCGUUCCCUCGACCUUUGAGCCGUACAAGAAUGGAGAUUUUUACUUGAGGGUGUUCUCAGAGAAACCCGCUGACUUCCAAGAGAUAGAUGAUCCAGUGGAAAGCCACGUGGAGGAGAUUGAGAUUGAUGAGGACGACAUCAGCGCCAAAUUCAAGUCGCUGUUCGGACAGCUGGCCGGACAUGACGUAGAGAUUUGUGCACUAGAGCUUCAGAAGAUUCUCAACAAAGUCGUGACAAGAAGAAGUGACAUCAAAACAAAUGGAUUUAGUAAGAUCACGUGUCACAACAUGGUCCAGCUGCUGGAUAAAGAUGGAACUGGCAAACUGGGACUGGUGGAAUUUAAGAUCCUGUGGACAAAGAUAGAAAAAUACCUGGAUCUGUACAAAUCCAGAGACACAGACGGCAGUGGCUGUAUGAGUUCCUCUGAAAUGCGGAUGGCUGUCGAGGAUGCAGGAUUCAGUCUGAACAACGCUCUACAUCAGAUUGUUGUGGCGCGCUACAGCGACCACAACUCCAUUGACUUUGACAAUUUUGUCUGUUGCCUGAUUCGCUUGGAGUCACAGUUCAACACGUUCAAGGUCUUGGACAAAGACGGGACUGGUACGAUAGAGCUAGGCUUCAUGGAGUGGCUCAAUUUUGCGAUGUCUUAGAAGAGAUUAAUGAAGAUUAACAGUGGAAGAAUCUAGAUUUUGUAUUAAAAAUCAUUACAAAAGUAUCCUGCUAAAUGUUAGCGUCUUCUUUAACCAGUGUGUUUUAUUCCAUCCAUUUUAUUCCAUAAUUAAAAAAACAGUUUUACAACUCCAGUGUUUGUGAUGCU